UAAUCAAGCGAAGCGGCCGCGCAUCCCAUCGUAGUAGCUGUAGGCCAUAGUAGGGCAUCCCCUUGACUAGUAGGCACUGAGUUAGUUCAGUAGUAGUGCGGUAGUGUGACACCGUCGAAGCGUAGUAGGUGGUGAUUAUCCGGGCUUCCCAGGUGAUUCGCGCGCGACAUAUACCUUGUGCACCGGAAUCGCAGGAGGCUGUGUUCUGCACAGCUAUUGGUGUAACUGGAGCAGAACGAGUGCAAGUGGUGGAAGAAAUACGGUCCACGCGUGUGCGAGCGCAUCUCUCUCUAUAUUUACGACGAUUAAGCAGUCGAUUGCGGGUGCAAGGAUUCGGACAAAUCCGGCGCUCGGAAGCUUCCAAGUGAUUCGGCAAACAAGUGGCGCGCCUGAGGUUGUUGGGGUGAUAAUUGAGUGUAUGGUAGACCGAUAGAUUGACGACCCUGUCUGUCGAACGGAGCUUUCGGAAGAAUUGAGAUCAGUUCUCGUAAGGUAGUUUUACGAAGCAGAUCGAGGAAAGAGUGAAGAAGAGAACGUGCGUGAUGAAGCUGUAUCAGGGAACGGUGGAAGCGGUGAUAGCGGCCGUGUUGAUUUUCGGAGUUCACAAUGCAUCGGUCAGUGGGCACCGCUUUGGCUACAGCAAACCGGAACAACGGCGAUGGUCCAAAUCCCACGAAAGCUGCGCCGGAAAGCAUCAAUCGCCGAUCGCCGUCACCAGCAGUAGGGCCAUUCCGCUGAACAUGCCCGCGAUCGAAAUGGUCGGAUACAAUAACCUACUGCCGGGACCGAUCACCUUGCACAAUAACGGACAUUCGGUAUCGUUAUCCAUACCGAAAACCGAUCCGUCCAAAGGAAAGCACCCGUACGUUUUCGGCGGAAAGCUGGAGAACGAGUACGAACUGGAAGGACUUCACUUCCACUGGGGCGAUAAGAACAAUCGAGGCGCGGAGCACGUCAUGAACGAUAUCAGAUAUCCACUUGAAAUGCACAUCAUUCAUCGUAACAGGAAGUACAAAUCUGUCGGAGAAGCUCUCGGCUAUUCGGAUGGUCUGACUGUUCUUGGUUUCUUCUAUCAGGUAACCGAGCACGACAGCCACGAGAUCGCCUCGCUGAUGCGAACCUUCCCCAUGAUCGAGGAGUUCGACCAGCAGGUCCACCUGAACCACACGUUCACGCUGAACUCGUUGCUGGGCGAUCUGGACAUGACCCGGUUCUACACCUACAAGGGCUCUCUGACGACGCCACCGUGCUCCGAGGCGGUCACGUGGAUCCUGUUCCCGGAAGUGCUGGACAUUUCCAUUACGCAAAUACGCCGCUUCCGAAUGCUGGACACCGGCCUGCACGGUUCCCCCAUGGUGGACAAUUUCCGGGCCCUUCAACCACUGGGCAACAGGAGAAUUUUCGUCCGCAAAGUGAACGCCCGCAACACUGCCCUGGACACGCUGCGCAGCGAAAUCGACCACACCAAAUGGGAUUGGGUGUAUUGACGAUCGCGGAUUGACGGAAGCAGCUUUUAGCAGAGUGCUAAUCAACAACUACUCUCUGUAUAGGAAAGCCACGGCUCAAUGAUAUUUUGGCUUAAUUUAUUGAAAAACACAGACGCACGAGGAGGAAUGGCGAAACGGUAUGGGAAGAAAUGGUGACAUUACCAAAUAAUAUUGGCGAAUAUGAAGCGACGGGUGCGUUUUCAGCGCAUGCAUAGUUAAGUAAAUGUAGGUCAUAUGAAUGUACUCAAGUCCAUGUUUUAGUAAUAAAAGUGUCUUCAUUGAUAGU